GGCUGAUAGGCUGCCUUGGGAGGCCAGAGAUCGAGGCCAAGUCACCCGAGGGAAGAGGUGAGCAUUCCGUGGACGUUUCUCUGAGGACGAAGCAGGUGCAAUGGACGUCAGGCUGCGACUGGCCUUCUUGCUGUUGCUGCUGUUCCUGCUUCCAUGCCUGGGGCAGCCAGUAUGGCCUUCAGCCGUGGCCCUGGCACUGCGCUGGCUCCUAGGGGACUCCACCUGCUGUGUGCUCCUUGGCCUGGCCCUGCUGGCUUGGCCCUGGCUUGGCCCCCAGAUGCCCCAUUGGCUGAGUCUGGGGACCGCGGCCCUCACACUGGCCUUGCUGCCCGCACAGCUGCCUCCCGGGCUGCGCUGGCUGCCCACCGAUGUGGCCUUUAUCAUCAGGAUCCUCCGCCUGAGCCUGGACACCAGGGUGCGCUUGAACCGCCGGCCGCCCGACACCUUCGUGGAUGCCUUUGAGCGGCGGGCACGAGCACAGCCAGGCCGUGUGGCCUUGGUGUGGACAGGGCCGGGGGGCCGCUCGGUCACCUUCGGGGAGCUGGAUUCCCAGGCCUGCCGUGCGGCGUGGGCCCUGAAGGCCGAGCUCGGCGGCUCCGAGGACCUGCGUGCCCAGGAGCCUGUUGCCUUCCUUGUGCUGCCCUCCCAGGCCAUUCCUGCCCUGGGUCUGUGGCUGGGCCUGGCCAAGCUGGGCUUCCCGGUGGCCUGGAUCAAUCCGCACGGCAGGGGGGCACCCCUGGUGCACUCAGUGCUGAGCUCUGGGGCUCGGGUGCUGGUGGUGGACCCAGACCUCCGGGAGAACCUGGAGGAGGUCCUUCCCAGGCUGCAGGCAGAGAAUAUCCGCUGCCUCUACCUCAGCUGCUCCUCCCCCACGGGGGGCCUGGGGGCUCUGGGGGCCGCGCUUGAGGAGGCACCGCCAGACCCCGUGCCCGCUGACCUGCGUGCUGAGAUCACACCACGAAGCCCUGCCGUGUUCAUCUACACCUCGGGGACUACCGGGCUCCCAAAGCCAGCCAUCCUCACGCAUGAGCGGCUGCUGCAGAUGUGCAGAAUGCUGUCCUUGUCUGGGGUUAGAAAUGACGAUGUUGUGUAUACAGUCUUGCCUCUGUACCACGUGAUGGGGCUUGUCGUUGGGGUCCUCGGCUGCCUGGAGCUCGGAGUGACCUGUGUCCUGGCCCCUAAGUUCUCUGCCUCUGGCUUCUGGGACGACUGCCGGCAGCAUGGUGUGACUGUGAUCCAUUAUGUGGGCGAGGUCCUGCGGUACCUGUGUAACACUCCCCAGCGACCAGAGGACCGGACACACACAGUCCGCCUGGCCAUGGGCAAUGGACUCCAGGCAGAUGUGUGGGAGACCUUCCAGCAGCGCUUUGGCCCCAUUCGGAUCGUGGAAGCCUACGGCUCCACAGAAGGCAACAUUGGCUUCCUCAACUAUCCAGGGCGCUGUGGGGCCCUGGGCAAGACAAGCUGCCUCCUUCGAAUGCUGUCCCCCUUCGAGCUGGUACAGUUCAACGUGGAGGCCGAGGAGCCCGUGAGGGACAGUGGCGGCUUCUGCAUCCCUGUGGGGCCAGGGGAGGCGGGGCUCCUGCUGUCCCAGGUGCUAGGCCGCCAGCCUUUCCUGGGCUACCGUGGGCCCCGCGAGCAGACGGAACGGAAGUUGGUGCAGAACGUGCGGCGCCGGAACGACAUCUACUAUAAUACGGGGGACGUGCUGGCCAUGGACCACGAAGGCUUCCUCUACUUCCGUGACCGCCUCGGGGACACCUUCCGGUGGAAGGGCGAGAACGUGUCCACGCGGGAGGUGGAAGGUGUGUUGUCUCUUGUGGACUUCCUGCAGGUGGUGAACGUCUACGGUGUGUCUGUGCCAGGGUGUGAGGGCAAAGUGGGCAUGGCUGCUGUGCAGCUGGCCCCCCGCCAGACCUUCGAUGGGCAGAGGCUGUACCAGCACAUCCGCACCUGGCUCCCUGCCUACGCUGCCCCCCAUUUCAUCCGUAUCCAGGACACCCUAGAGAUCACGAGCACAUUCAAACUGGUGAAGUCCCGGUUGGUACGUGAAGGCUUCAAUGUGGGCGUCAUUGCUGACCCCCUGUUCGUGCUGGACAACCAGGCCCAGGCCUUCCGGCCCCUGACGCGGGACACGUACCAGGCUGUGUGCGACGGAACCUGGAGACUCUAACCAUCUAGCCAUUCCACAUCUGGACAUCCGAAGGGGCAGAGCCCAAUGCUGACCACCAGCCACACCUGCAGUGUCACCUCCACCCCAGCCCUGCAUGGGGUCUCAUCCCCAGCUGCACAGGGUGGGACGACACUGAGUCCAGAAGCAGAGUGAGAAUAAACUUGGAUGUACACA